AUGGAUCAUCACCCUGUUGUCCUUGUUACCGGAGUGAAUGGAUUUCUUGCAUCAGCUGUGACGCUCGAGCUAGUGCGGCACGCCUUCAGGGUCAAAGGCACAGUGCGUUCUCAAGCCAAGGCAGAUGCCUUUCUUGCAAAGUAUCCCCACACGGCACAGAGCAUCACCUUUGUGGUUCUACCCGUCUUAGACACCCCAGGAGCAUUCGAUACAGCGAUGGAGGGUGUCGACUACGUUCUCCAUCUCGCUACCCCUAUCUUCUUCGGCUUCACAGAUAACGAAAAGGAGAUGCUCCGUCCGGCGAUCGAGGGCACGCUCGGGCUCUUGCGCUCUGCUGCUAGGCAUCCUAGGGUCAAACACGUGACAAUGACGAGCAGCUUUGCUGCGGUGGAGAGGAAUGGGUUCGGCAGACCGGGAAGGACGUACACGGCGGAAGAUUGGAAUGAUACGACUUAUGAUGAAGCAGCUAAGGUGCCGCCUGGAUCAGACACCCUUGUAUAUACAGCUUCGAAGGCAUUAGCAGAAAAGGCCGCCUGGAGGUUCAUCAAAGAUCGGAAGCCGCAAUUUGGGUUCACGACUUUCUGCCCACCGAUGAUAUACGGUCCACCUUUGCAACCAUUCGACACGGUUGACCAGCUAAACUUCUCCUGCGCUGAGUUGUGGGAAAUCAUGUGUGGCAAGCAACAGGAUCUGUCGAGCACGCCUUGGCCGCAGUGGAUUGAUGUCAGGGAUCUUGCUGGGUUCUUCAGCUAUAGCCAAGUUGCUCAUAUUCUCGCCACUGCCUUCCCAGAACAGGCACCGCGAAUUGCCAGAAGUGAUAACACUCCGCCAGAUGUGGAUUACCGUAUCGAUUCGUGCAAGGUUAAGAAGGACUUUGGAUUAACCUUCACAACCUUGGAGAAGUGUGUAACGGACAUGGCUAAGGUGUUAUAUGCGAAGGAGAGACAAUGCCGCACAUAG